ACACAUCCACGUUGCCUCCUCUUGCUUCCCUAUUAAACUUUACAACACAUAACAACAUGGAACCUCAUUCUACUCUACUGCUUCACUUCUGCUACACAAAAUCCACUGCUCAAACAUGGCUUCGGCUACUCUCUCUGUAGCCAAACCAGCUCUUCAGGCAAAUGGGAAAGGCUUCUCUGAGUUCUCUGGUCUUCGCAGCUCAUCAAACCACCUUCCCUUUUCCAGAAAAGCUUCUGAGGAUUUCCAUUCUGUCAUUGCCUUCCAGACUUAUGCAGUUGGAAGCAGUGGAGGAUACAAGAAGGGUGUGGUGGAAGCAAAAUUGAAGGUUGCCAUAAACGGAUUUGGAAGAAUUGGAAGGAACUUCUUGAGAUGCUGGCACGGUCGUAAAGAGUCCCCUCUUGAUGUCAUUGCCAUCAACGACACUGGUGGUGUGAAACAAGCCUCUCACCUCCUCAAGUACGAUUCUAUCCUUGGAACCUUCGAUGCUGAUGUCAAGCCUGUGGGCAGUGAUAUCAUCUCCGUUGAUGGAAAAGAAAUCAAAGUCGUCUCUGACCGUAACCCUGCCAACCUUCCUUGGAAGGAGUUGGGGAUAGACUUGGUGAUUGAAGGAACUGGGGUGUUUGUAGACAGAGAAGGUGCUGGGAAACACAUUCAAGCAGGAGCUAAGAAGGUACUCAUCACAGCACCUGGUAAAGGAGACAUCCCCACCUAUGUGGUCGGUGUCAAUGAAUAUGAUUACAGCGCAGAUGAACCCAUCAUCAGCAAUGCCUCUUGCACCACUAACUGCCUUGCACCCUUUGUCAAGGUCCUCGACCAGAAAUUCGGUAUCAUCAAGGGAACCAUGACAACCACUCACUCUUACACCGGAGACCAGAGGCUUCUUGAUGCGAGCCACCGUGACCUAAGGCGUGCUAGGGCCGCAGCUCUGAACAUUGUCCCCACUUCAACCGGAGCAGCAAAGGCGGUGGCCCUUGUGCUGCCAACCCUGAAAGGGAAACUGAACGGCAUUGCAUUGCGUGUGCCAACCCCAAAUGUUUCAGUAGUGGACCUUGUCGUUCAGGUGUCAAAGAAGACCUUUGCAGAAGAAGUGAAUGCAGCGUUCAGAGAGAGUGCAGAGAAGGAGCUGAAGGGAAUUCUGUCGGUGUGUGAUGAGCCUCUUGUGUCUGUUGACUUCAGGUGCACUGAUGUGUCUUCAACCGUUGACUCCUCGUUGACCAUGGUGAUGGGAGAUGACAUGGUGAAGGUGAUUGCUUGGUAUGACAACGAGUGGGGCUACUCCCAAAGGGUUGUGGAUUUGGCAGACAUUGUUGCCAACAAAUGGAAGUGAUGAUCAAAGCUCGUUGCUAUUUUAUUAUGCACCAUGCAAGCCCUUGUAAUUUUGUAUGCUACUACAACACUUGUUGCUUCAUUCCUUCUAAACACCUACUGAGAAACACAGCCAUCAAUUUUCUCUGCCUUCUCAUUGUCCAAUAAAAUUCUUACCUUCAAAUCUCAA